AUGAAAAGCUUUAUGAUGAAUGCUGAUUUUCAUGAUGUUGGCUAUGUGGGGCCAAGGUUUACUUGGUGUAACAACAAGGAGGGUGCUUCUCGAAUAUGGGAAAGGUUGGACAGGUGUAUGGCUAAUUCUAUUGCUAUUCAGAAAUUUCCUUUAAUGGUUACUAGACAUCUUGCGAGAUUGGCUUCUGAUCAUUGUCUAAUAGUCAUUAAGAUGAAUGAGAAGGUGCAGCUCAAGUCUAAGAUUAUUAGAAUUGAGGAUACAUGGAGGUCUUAUCCUGCAGCCAAGAAUAUUGUUUUUCAUUCUUGGAGUAAGAAGGAUUUGGGUGAUGAGUUUGUGACCCUACAAAGGAAGCUUAAUCGCACUCUAAAAGCUUUAUUUUUCUGGAAUAGGAACAAAUGUAAAAAUUUAAAUGUGGUAAAGGAUAAGUUGAAAGAAGAAAUCCUUGAACUUCAAAACAAGGAAGCAUUGGGUAUCAACUGGUUGGUGGAUGAUUUGUUGGUUCUAAGAAAUAAAGUACAUGAACUUAAUGUCACCUUGAAGAGGCUUUCUACUUGGUGGAAUCAAAGGGCAAAGGCUAGGUGGCACGAGGAAGGUGAUACAAAUUCCAAUUUAUUCCAUAGCUACGCCACAGCUAGAAGGAAAGGGAACAAGAUAACUCAAAUCAAAGAUGAGCUAAGUAAUGUCUUUGAUGAAGAUGAGCAAAUUGAAAAGGUUUUCAUCAUUACUGAUUUGGAAGUGCUUAAUGCAGAAUUCUCUGUUGUUGAAUUGCAAAAUUUAGUUUUUCAGCAGGGCAACAACAAGUCUACUGGGUUAGAUGGAGUCACUUAUUCCUUCUACAAGAGCUAUUGA